CAUUUUUAUACGUGCAUUACGUGAUUUAUUUUAUUAGGCCUACCUGCUGUAACUUUACUAGGCUUCGAAAAUGAGACCAUCGGGCUAAUCUCUGAACGAUUUUUGUGAACUUCAGCAAUGGAUAUCUCUUUGAUUUUAGUUCCGUUCAUUGCUGUCAUCCUUCUUUCGUCACAAGUUGUGGUUUACGGUGAGAAAAGUGCCGCGAAACGGACAACGGGAAAUGGAAAAAUGACCGAGGAUGGUGUUGACGAUAGCGGGCGUUCAAGCGACAGGGAUGCGGGGCAGAGUGCGGGAGGCACGGCAGGCGCUGACGAGAGAGAUGGAGGGGAUGACGGAGGCAAAGACAGCAGCAGAGAAUUAGAAAUGUUCCAGAAGUUAUUCCUUCAGAAAAGAAGCCAGCAGCACAGUGCCAUUCAAGACAUCUUUGAGAAAUACAACUACGAGCAACAGUUUAAGCUGAUUGACUUGCUGUUGGACCGGAUGCAAGAGAUUUUAGCUGAAUCAAGAAAAAAGCUGUCAGACUCUAGGUUUAAGCCAGGAAUGCCAUUUCCAGUAGAUCAGGAAACAAAAGAAGGUCUUUCGCUGCUUCUAGAAAACCUGGCCUUUUUCGGUGACAUCACUCUGCGACUGCCAGACAUCACCCACAGCCUGUACAGCAAGAAGAAAGCACUGCGGGAAGUCGUCCGCUGGGCCGUCACGUACACAGAACAGACAGGGUUCUUUGACGACAAUCACAGGAAACUGAUGAACCUAAUGUCACAGGAACUCCGACUGAUCAAGAGAGAUGCUGACUAUGUUAAUCCUUUCAAAAGAGAAGAGGUUGCUCCUGAACCACCACCGCCGAAAAAGAAGAAAGAAAAGAAGCCGAAAAAGAAGGGACCUAGAAUAUCCAGGAGCGAACUCUGAACCCUGCGAGAAUUAAUCGGGUCUUUCGUAAACUCAGAUUUGAGAGCAAGUGUGUAAAAACAUUUCCAUUUUGAAUAAAAAGGUGUGUGAAUUCGAAACUCAAGUUGAAAUUGAAACUCAAAAGGUAUUAAGUCACUACUGUGAACACACUUUUUUUUUCCGACUCAAGAUUUAGGAUGUUCUGAAACCUGCAAAUGAAUAGAUUUGAUAUUUUCUGACUUUCUUCAUCAUCGUUUGGACAUGAAAUAGUUUGUAAGAAAAGAAGUUACAUAGCCAACAAAAUGAAGCAGUAAUGUUUGGUUUUCUCAAAAGGAAAGUCAAUUCCAAACUGCCUUCAAGAUUUUAUGACUGCAACAAGGAAAAUUUGAUAGUGAUAGAUUGAUAACAUGCUCUGCUGACCUAGUAAAAUAUGGGUGUAGUGACCAUCGAUUCUAUUUUUUGUUGGCUGACUUUUUUUAGAGUGUGCGAUCUUAGCUUUCUUGUGGAUAUGGCAGGUAUCCCCCAAAAAUGCACCUGAUAUGAUAAUGUGUAAUCUAAAAGUUUUUUCUUAGUACAGCGCAGGAAUUUAUAGAGGACGUACAACUCACGUUUUUUUUAGGAAACCAAGGAAAACAUCUAAUUGAGGCUAACUGCCAAAGACGUAUGACAUUUUAUUAAGUUUUUUCUAGUUGCCGGUUAGUAACUUUUGAAAUUUAACUGUUAAAGGACCAAAGAGCAUGGAUUGUUCAACUUUUGUAUUGCAAGUGCUGCAAAAGAAAACCAAAGUCUUCCUGUGACUGAAAUGUUUUCAUUCUUCUGUUUAGAUUAUUACAAUAUUCACUUUUUAAAAUAAAAUCAAGCUUGAACACAUCCAUGUACAAUGGGCUCCGUGCGCCAACAAAAGAGGGCGCGUUUUUACCAUUUUUGAGCGCCCUUUGGACGGGACACACAGCGUGUGUGCAUGUACUGUACCUGUUCGCGCACGAAGUACAGACAGGACUUUCUAAAUGUGUCAAAGCUAUUAGCCACAGCGUCUUCGUGUGAGCGUCAGGCGUGCGAAUACCGGCGUUCGAAUUUAACUUGCAAUGGUCUCCCAGACUAAUCCCCGCCCCCAAUAACUUUGGAUCAUUCGAAAUACGCAGUGGAUGGAUCGGGAACCAGUCUAGGUCUCCCCCAACUCUCCUUUUCUGGCCGUUGAAGGAGUACUUGUGCACGGAGCCCAUAGCAUAAGACAAGACAAAAAGACAACAAAAGUGCUUAUUAUUAAAUUCUGUAAAAGAAGUUUAUUGGUUAUAUUUGUGCUCUAUAUUGUUAUGUAGCUGUUUAGAAAGUUAUAGUUAGAAGUAGUUUUGCGUUCCAAUGUUUCAAAUGGUUUUUGUGAUUGUAAAGUACAUUGUACCUCUGUAGAUAUCAAACUCAUAGUGUUCAUGACUUGGACAUCGAGUAUGAUGAUCGUAAGUGCAGUCUUCAAAAUUCCGGUGUCAACUCCGCGUAGAAUUGUUUUGCUGAAAUUUACUUUUUUCGCUGCAGCUGCAAGUUGUGAAGUACACAAAAAAGAAUGCCAUUAAAAGACUACCGUCUUUCUGAACUUGCUUAUUGAUACAUUUUCAUCUGAAAAAGGCAUAGAGAAUCUAUUUUGACUUUUUUUCCUCUUUAACUCAUAGAUGCCAUUCUUUUGUACACAUUAUGGCUUACAGAGUAAUUGUUUAUAUAUUGAAGAAUUCUCUACAAUACAAAGUUUUAUACUCGAGCAGCUGAAGGUAAUACAUUUUCAAACGAGUUGAGAGGAUUUAGCUUCGUUUUUUUAAUACCUUAACAGUAACUAAACCACCCCAAAUAAAAAAAAUGUCUAUGAUAUCAAUAUUUUCUUUCUUCUGUUCUUUACAGCCCUCCGAAGUACAGUAAGAAUUUUUAUGUGAAUUUUGUUUCUUAAAUAAAUAAAAGUUCUUUGUACCACACAAA